GCAGCCUGCUAGACUUUGGGUCCUCUCAGCGCCCACGGGCGGCCGCAUCCACCCGACGCGCUGAGGUCACCGACGGGGCCGAACCGCGGGGGGCGGAGGGACGGAGGGAAGAUGGCGGCAGCGGCCGGAUGUUGGCGCCGCCUCCCCCAAUCCCGGAGCCGGCGCAGAUGAGGCGGCUCGGCUGGGGCCAGCGGCGCGUUGGAACCCGAGCUGGGGGGACCCUGGUGGCGGGGCCUGGCCCUGCUCUAUGACGGCGCCUCGGCUGGAGUGAGCGUUGGCGGCGGCGGCGGCUCCUCUUUCGUCCGGCUCUUUCGCUGUCGCUGUGAGUCCGAGCCGGCGGCGGGCGGCGGGGCCGGGAUGGAGGACGUUAACUCCAACGUGAACGCGGACCAGGAGGUGCGGAAGCUGCAGGAGCUGGUGAAGAAGCUGGAGAAGCAGAACGAGCAGUUGAGGAGCCGCUCGGGGGCCGUGCAGGGCGCGGGCUCCCUCGGGCCCGGCAGCCCGGGGCGGGCCGUGUCCACCCCGUCCUCGGGCGCGGCGUCCCCGCGCGGCUUCCCCUUGGGCCUCUGCGCCAAGGCGGGCGGCGGGGCCGGGUCGGGCCCGAGGCGCACGGGCGGCGAGGAGCUGCGGGACGCCACCUCCUUGCUGGCGGCGGGCGAGGGCGGCCUGCUGGACGAGGUGGAGCCACUGCGUCCCGACGAGCUGGAGCGCCUGUCCGGCUGGGAGGAGGAGGAGGAGAGCUGGCUGUAUUCAUCACCAAAGAAAAAACUUACACCAAUGCAGAAAUCAGUUAGUCCAUUAGUUUGGUGCAGGCAAGUUUUGGAUUAUCCAAGUCCUGAUGUUGAAUGUGCUAAAAAGUCUCUUAUCCACAAACUUGAUCAAACUAUGUCAGCUCUCAAGAGGCAGAAUUUGUACAAUAAUCCUUUCAACUCUAUGAGUUACACAAGUCCUUACAGUCCAAAUGCCAGUAGCCCAUAUAGCAGUGGCUUCAAUUCUCCAUCUUCAACCCCAGUGCGACCUCCUAUAGUCAAACAGCUUAUACUUCCUGGAAAUUCAGGUAACUUCAAAAGUUCGUCAGACAGAAACCCUCCACUCAGUCCUCAAUCCUCUAUAGAUAGUGAGUUAAGUGCUUCAGAAUUAGAUGAAGAUUCAAUUGGAUCCAAUUAUAAGCUAAAUGAUGUAACUGAUGUGCAGAUUCUAGCCCGGAUGCAGGAAGAAAGUCUUCGGCAAGAAUAUGCAGCCACCACAUCUCGGCGCAGUUCUGGUUCAUCUUGCAAUUCCACAAGACGGGGUACAUUUAGUGACCAGGAACUUGAUGCACAAAGUUUAGAUGAUGAAGAUGACAAUAUGCAUCAUGCAGUAUACCCUGCUGUUAACAGGUUUUCACCAUCACCACGCAAUUCACCUCGACCGUCACCUAAGCAGUCACCCAGAAAUUCACCUCGUUCACGAUCUCCAGCCCGGGGAAUAGAAUACAGUAGAGUGUCCCCACAGCCUAUGAUUAGCCGCUUACAGCAGCCUCGCCUUUCACUUCAAGGUCAUCCCACAGAUUUGCAGACAAGUAAUGUUAAAAAUGAAGAAAAACUAAGGCGGAGCCUUCCAAACCUGUCCCGAGCAUCUAGUACACAAGUUGACUCAGUGAAGAGCAGCAGAAGUGAUUCGAAUUUUCAAGUGCCAAAUGGAGGAAUACCUCGUAUGCAAUCUCAGGCUUCAGCCACUUCGCAAAGGCUGAAAAAUUUGCCUCGUACUUCCCUCAAAGCCAAACAGUUGCUUCAAACUCCAUCUACAAAAAGAGUACCUUCUCCAGGCAAAUUCCGCACCCCAGCAGCACCAUCUCCUUUGGCUCUCCGGCAACCAAUGAAAGCAUUUAGUAACCAUGGCUCUGGUCCUUCGGGCAGCCAGGAAACAACACAGUUCACACAAACCACCUCCUCACCUGGGCCUCCGGUGGUUCAGAACACAGUCCCAACAAACCCUCCCAGCAAUAUCAACAGCACUACAUUAACAAGACCUGCAGGGACAACUGCAGUGCGAAGCGGCUUGCCCAGACCUAGUGCCCCUUCUGCUGGGGGCAUCCCAGUGCCUCGCAGCAAACUUGCACAGCCUGUUCGAAGAUCCUUGCCAGCUCCUAAAACCUAUGGCAGCAUAAAAGAUGACAGUUGGAAAGAUGGCUGUUACUGACCAGCACAGACAAGAAUGCAGAGGUCCACGGCUUCAUGGACACCCCUUCACCAGACUAAAAACAACUUUUAUAUAUGCAGACUGUUCAGAUAAGACUCUUGGGAUUGGUAAAUCCCAGCCCUCUCUGUCUUAAUUAGCACAAACUGGCAGAGAUGAUCAAGCAGCACUUUAAUGUCAUUUAACAUCAGAUGUUUGGUAAUCAUACAAUCACUCUCCAUGGAAUCACUUUUAGUUUUGUUUAGUAGAAACUCAGUUGAUUUUUAAAUAUUUAACAGAGGCCAAUAUCUGGGCAAAUACCUAAUAGAUGCCAAAGAAAAACGCCCACUUGUAAAUGAGAAAGUACCUUUGUACAAAAGAAAAUGGUGAAUUCAGGCUAUUCAAAACUCACGUUCAACCUAAUUUACUGUAUAAAUAGCAUCAAUAAAUACUGUGUUAAUGAAAACUAAUAUUCUGACUAAUAUCUAAAGUGUUUCGCUAGUAUUCCAGGAAACUGUGGAUUAAAUUUGGGACAGUGGGAUGAAGAAGCCUGGGCUAGAGAUUUAGAAUAAGUUACCUACAUUUAGGGGAAGUCUAUAAAUUACUUUUGCAGAGUCACUGGGAAAAUUAGCAUUUUAUUUAAUCUUAAGUUUUGGACACAGUUCACAUACACACACCAUUACUACCAGAUAGUGUUACAGUGUACAUCUAUCAUGAUGCAUUGACAUAUCAGACUUCUGUGUGUUUGUUUUGAUUGCCAAAAGGGCUUGAUAUCAGUUGUACAAUCUUUCUCAACUUUAUAGUUCCUGGCUCAGGAAAGAUGGCCUUUGCUAUCAAAGCCAGCUUCUUUACAUGCUGUUACCCAUCGCAAAACUAGGAGAUCUUGUUUCUAUUAGCAGGUUUCCAGGGUGGGAUAGAGCAAGUAGUGUCUUUACUCUUGAUACAACAACACCUCAGUGCUUACAACCUAGAAUAAAACCAUUCAGAGAGAGAGGGGGCAAAAAAUCUAUGCACUUAAACUACAAAAAUCUCUGGUGAUGACAGUUGUAUUGUUGCUACUGAGUGGCAUAUGGUCUAUUAUGUGGUAGAAAAAUACAGCCUGCCAAGCCCUACUUAAGUUGGUCCACUUUAAACUGAGUAACUGUAGAAAAUCUUCUGAAAAUACUGUCCUUUUUGACUUAGAUUCUGCCUUACAGCAAUUUUUGUAUUUUUGGUAACCUGCAUCUAAUUCUAAAUAUUUGGUUUUUAUUGAUAUGCAUAUAUAUAUUUAUCCUUGAAGUCACUUGUUUUGAUUUUAUUAGAUUAUUACCAAACUAAAAACUACCUUCUGUAGCAGGCUUUUCAUUUUUCAUUGUGAGGUCUGUGUUUAAGUAUUUAGUUUGGACAGCUGUAUAAUGUUAGCAGUUGGGUCACCCAAAAUAUUUUAGAGAUCUAAGCAUUUCUAUUCCUUUCUGUUAAAAAAGACAUUAUGUAAGUUGGCAAAUGAAACUGAGAGGGAAAUGGAAGGCUUAUUAUUUAGAGUAUUGAGAUUGAUAGGCUGAGAGAAUGAUAAAACGAAGACCCCUUUUGUGCCAUGACUGACACUGGGGUAUCUAUUGGCUUGACCACUUGGGAGGCAUUCAGUUAGCACAGCGGCUGCAGAUUUGAACCACCAGUAUUGUGUAUUUUAAUGAAUAAUGCAGGAAAGAUAUUGUAUCCUUGAAUUUAAAGGUGAUGGGGUGGGUCUGGAAAGGAUAGCGCCAGAAUUCUACAUGAUGAUGAGCUAGAAAUGUUGCUUUUAAGAGGAAGAUAAAGCAUCUGCUUUGGUGGAGGAGUAUUCCAUGUAAAUCUUAAGUCCAUAAAAUAAAGACUUAGCCACUGUCUUUUUAGAACCACAUAUACACAAAACAAAACAGGUCUCAGUUUUCCAUGCAACAUUUCAAAUACGUAUAUAUAUGCUGCAAUCUAAUAAAUAAAAGGAAUUUUGACUAUUAUGGAACAUCCAUUUUUAAGUUAGAUAAUCAGUUUUAAAAGGGUUAUUCAGGUUAACUUUGUUUUUAAAUGGCUGUUUCAGAAAAAUGUCUAUUUUUUUUAAUUAAAAUACUUCGUCACUUGUUAAAAUGUAUUUUGGAUCUGAGUUUGGUAAAGUAUUAUUUUACCUGCUGUUGUACUACCACAGAUUAUUGGCUUUUAGUUUCCUAAACAGAAAAAUUGCCUUUUUACUAGAAAGCCUUCAUGUAUUGCCAGUUUUUCUGUUUGGGAAAAUCUAAGGAUUUACUGUGGUUAGUCUUACAGAAGAAAUGUGGAUUUGAUAAACUAGUGCCUAUGAUUUUAACUUAUGUUUGAUAUAUAGUAGUAAGGGUUUUUAUGAAUGUUGAUUAUUUUGUGCCAACAGCCCAGAAUUGUCACUUAUAUGUAAGUAGACAGCUACAAAUUCUGCUUCCAAAGUUAUUUAAUUUUUUCAGUGUUUGAAUGUUAUUUUUUGUAAGUGUGUUAAUAAAAAUGUAAAGAAUUGGAAAAAUAUAAAUAUUCUUAAGCAUUUGCUGAAUCAUUUUUCUACAAAACUUGUUUGUAUAAAACCCUCUGAAGAGUUAACUUUUCUCAGUUUUCAUACCCUGGAGAUCACAUUUUGUAAAAUGGGACCAUUCAUAACUGUCAGAUACUUUUUAAAAUUAUCUCAAUACAUCAGUUUUAUAUUAAAAACAAAAGCUUUUUUGAAAGAAAAUUAGAUACAUAUAUGGCCCCAGAUGUUUGUAUAAUUCUAGAACGAUCUAGACUGUAUGUUUAAAUUGACUUUAUUGAUUGUACAGGUUCCAUUUUUGACAUUAUACAUGGUCCUUUUAGAUCACAUUAAGUUUGAUUUGCAAACAUUUCUAUAGCUGAACUUGUAUAUGUGGUUGCCUCCUUAAUAAACAGCCUGACCAUAAUGUUUGCUAUUAAAUUUAUACU